AUGAAUUCUAACAUAACUUCAAUAAAGUUAGUGUUGUUGGGAGAGGCAGCAGUCGGCAAAUCGUCGAUUGUUUUGAGAUUUGUAUCAAAUGACUUUUCCGAAAACAAAGAGCCUACAAUUGGGGCUGCUUUUCUAACUCAGAGAGUCAAUAUGGGCAAUCAGACGAUUAAGUUCGAAAUAUGGGACACUGCUGGUCAGGAGAGAUUUGCUUCUUUGGCGCCCAUGUACUAUAGAAACGCACAGGCAGCACUUGUGGUGUAUGACGUGACUAAGCCGCAAUCUUUCAUAAAAGCCCGCCAUUGGGUAAAAGAGCUCCACGAGCAAGCUACGAAAGGUAUUGUGAUUGCUUUAGUGGGUAAUAAGCUAGACCUGUUGGAGAACGGUGGCGAGAGAAAGGUGGCUCGGAGCGAGGCCGAGGCCCUCGCACAGGAGAAGGGCCUUCUCUUUUUUGAAACAAGUGCCAAGACCGGCGAUAAUGUGAACGAAGUGUUCCUAGGGAUAGGUGAAAAAAUACCUUUGAAGAAACCAGAGGAUCAACACGGUGUAUCGUCCGGUAUGACGGAUGGAAGCCGUGUCGACCUUAAUGCUAACAGCCCCUCUGAUCACAACGUCAACGGCUGUGCUUGUUAG